UGUGUUUGUUUCUAUGCAUUUAGUUUCGUUUUCUCUGUACUUUGCCUUCAGAAGUCAGUUUGUGUUUCCUCUGCCUUGCCCUUACAGGAACACAGUCCUCAAUAUCUGUGGAAACAAGCCAGCUCAGGAGCUGAGGCGGAGUGUGUUCAACUUUGACAAGAUUCAGCAGUCGGAAGACUGUCCCUGUGAGGAUCCUGUGACACAGAUACUGGGGGAAACAACAGCACCUCCAGCACCGCCUGUACCUCUGACACCCCCAGCACCUACAGUCCUUUCAGCUCCUUCAGUUUCUUCAGUUACAAACGAGUCUGCGCAGGAAGCAAAGACUGGAGGAAAGAGUUCUCCAUCAAGCAGCAUGAACAAGAGGGAGAAGAAAAUGACCAGUUCUCUUCAGCCUUCUGGGGAGAAGGUGUCAGGAAAGGAGGAGAGCCCCGUGGACAAACUAUCCAGACUCCAGCACGAGGUGUUCACGCUCACUGAGGAGCUCAAGUCACAAAAGGAGCUGGUGCGACUCCUUCACAAGGCCCUGGAGGCAGCACAGCAGGAGAAGAGGACCAGCAAACAGUUCCUGUCAGCAGCAGGGGAGCAGGAGCGGCUGGAACUGGUGCGGCACAAAGAGAGGUGUAUCGCGGACCUGGACGGCCGCCUGGAGGCCCUGCUCAAAGACAAGGAGGAGCUGGAGCAGCGGCUGGCCAUGCAGGACUGCCAAGUGAAUGAGCUGCAGCAGCACGUGCAGCUCAUGAUGGAGAAGAACAACGCCAAGCAGGAAGUCAUCCUCAAGCUCUCCGAGCAGCGUACCGUAGCCAACUCCAUGGGCACAGAGACCUUCUGCAGGCUGCAGGAGAAGAUUGAGCACCUCAAGUGUGCCUACCUGGAGGCCAAAAACUGCCAGAUUGAGAGCAAGUACCUGGUCGUGCUGCGCAGGCUGCAGGAGAGCAAAGGGCUGGACAGCAGUCAGCAGGAGAUGGUGAAAAGGCUCAUUGAGGACUCACUGCAGGGAGACAAGAAGGAUGGCUUUAAACUCAACCCUGUCAGUGAGUAUGACGACUAUGGAUUCAAGACCAUUCCUGAUUAUGAAGUAGAGGACGUGAAGCUCCUGGCCAAAAUCCAGGCCCUGGAGAUCCUUUCCAACAACCUGCGCAACAAUGAGAUGGUGGACAAGCCUUUGCGGACAAGGUGGGCUAACUACCUGGCCAGCCGUCCCUUGGACCAGCUGGCUCCCUCCCCAGAGCUGAAGGGCCUGAUCCGGUGUGGGAUCCCUGUGGAGUACCGGGAGCAGGUGUGGCGCUGGAUCGUGAGGACACGGACGCAGGUCUCUAGGAAGUGGAAUCCCAAUCGCUACCAGGAGCUGAGGAAGCACUGCGAGGUGUCGGAGCACCUGGCCUCGCGGCAGAUCAGGCUGGACCUGCACCGCACCCUCACCAGCAAUAAGCACUUCUCCUCGCCCACCUCCGACGCAGUCCAAAAGCUGCAGCGCAUUCUGCUAGCCUUCUCCUGGCAAAACCCCACCAUCGGCUACUGCCAGGGCCUCAACAGGUUGGCAGCUAUUGCACUUUUAGUUCUGAAGGGUGAAGAGGAUGCCUUCUGGUGUCUGGUGGCUGUUGUUGAAAUCAUAAUGCCACAAGACUACUACAGCAAAACCCUCACUGCCUCUCAGGCUGAUCAGAGGGUGUUCCGUGACUUUCUUGCUGAGAAGAUGCCUUGCCUGAUGGCCCACUUCAAGGAGCACAGCAUCGAUCAUUCCCUCAUCACCUUCAGCUGGUUCCUGGUGGUCUUCGUGGAAAGUCUGGUCAGCGACAUCCUGCUCAGAGCGUGGGAUGCUUUCCUCUAUGAGGGCACAAAGGUGAUAUUUCGCUAUGCACUGGCCCUCUUUAAGUACAAUGAAGAGGACAUUCUAAAAAUUCACGACAAUCUGGAAAUCUACCAAUACCUCCGUUUUUUCACCAAAACGAUCUCUGAUGGCAGGAAACUAAUGACCAUAGUGUUUAAUGAUAUGAACCCCUUCCCUAUGAAGCUGCUGAAGAACAGACGAGAGUUUCACAUGGAGAGGCUGACAGCCGAGCUGCUGGAGCUGGAGAGGAUACAGGAGGAGUUUGUGAAAGAACAACAAGUGGAGUGCAAAGACAAGGACCUGGACACUGCUGUCAACGAAGAUGAAGAAGUAAUACAGACUGCAGUUAGCUUGCAUCACACGUCCUGACGUUAUUGAAAAAUUACACAUCACUGAUACUAUUUAAACUAAUUUGUUUGCCUUAUUAUUCCCUUCUGUGGAAUAUAGUGGGGCUUACAUAUUGUGUAUGUCACACAUACAUCUAACUGUUAUCCUUUGUCUGUUGUUGAGUAUAUAGGUAUGUCAGACUUACAUUUUUACAUGUACAGUUCUGCUCUUAUUUUGUAAUGGCGCACGUAAUGUACCGACAUACUUGUUUUAGAGUCAACAAAUUAAGUUUACCAAACCUGUCAAAAUGCAGAAUAUUAAUGGAAAUAGGUGUGUUGGUAAUACACACACACACUACAUCUCUGAAUGCUUGACUUCAAAUCCAGUUUGUCACACAUGAAAGGAGUAUGGUGGUCCUAAGCCCUCGGCUUCCACAUCACAAAACCAACACACAGUGCAGCACAAUUGGCACAAAGGAUAAACCUGUUUCUUAUCUCAUAAAACAGCCUUUUACUAUAAUUAUCAUCUGUCAGUCUCUGAAUUUCUUCAAUCAGCAGUUCCAUUCCACUCAGAUCAGUUCAGUAAAUUAAUUAUUUUGUAGUUUCCCAAGAAAACAAAAACUCAUUGGAGAUCUUGAAAAUUAAUGUCUUGAAAUGUGAUUAAUUUAGGCCAGGCUAAUCUGAACAAGUACAGAGAUUCCAGUUACUUUUCAGACCGGCAACCAGGUUCCAGAUUUUCUAAACGAGACUAUCUCUGAAAUAAACUUAUUUUUUAUGCA